ACUUGGUUCUGAGAAAAGGAGACUGAGGACAGAAAGGAAAGAAAGACAGAACUGUUGACUCAAAAGGUCAGUAAUAGGGAAUAUGAUGAAGCUCAUCAUCAAAGACCUAAAUGGAAAAACGCAGGUUGUGAAUGUGUUGCCAAGUACCACCAUUGGCGAACUCAAGCAACAAAUUGCCACUCUCUUUGGGGCAACAGCCUCACGCCUGAGGCUUUCAGACAGCAGCGGUCAGAUCCUGGACCAGAUUCAGAAAACGGUGAGCGAUUAUGGUUUGAGUUCAGGAUCCACUCUGAUCCUACUGUUCGCCAAGACCCCCGUGCCGUUUCAGGUGUUCGUGAAGAAUGAGAAAGGACAGACAAAAACAUAUGACAUCGCUGAUGAUGAGACUGUCGAUCAGUUGAUGGCAAAGAUCCACCGGAAAGAAGGAGUACCAGAGGACCAACAGCGGCUGAUCUACAGUGACCAACAGCUCGAGCGUGGCAUGAAGCUGAAGGAUUACAACAUUGUCUCUGGAAGUACCAUUCACAUGACCCUCCGUCUGCGUGGAGGCUGA